ACUCCAACGAGCGAAAGCCUGAAUCCUGCGUGCUCAUAAUUUAGCACGAAUUCGUGUACUGUAGAGCAGCUGAACUAUGGAAGCGGGACUUCUGCCUGUUAUCUCAGCCCUCUCGUCGCUCUCUUCCUCGUGGACCAGUCCUCGGCGCUGUCAAUCCUAUUUGUUCUCAAAAUUUCGCCCCGUUCAAGUUUUCUCCUCUUCAUCUUCCUCUUCUCCUCCUCCAGCGUCUUCCACGGCUUUUAAAGUGCCGAAGCCACGCCGGAAUCCGAUCGCCGACUGGGUUACCGGUAAUGAUGUGGCGGCCCGGAGCCUUCCCAUCUUUACCGGAGGCAUUUCCCUGGUUGUUGUCCUCCUCAACAGAACCUUUUCUGGCAUAGCCCCCGUAGCCGAUGCCUCGAGUUCGCAAUCAAGGGCUGAUAUACUGACUCUUGCUCUGGCAGUAACCAAUCUUCUUACCGGACUUGUUUGGUUGUCAAUCCAACCAAAAUAUAUUUCUUCGGUUUCUCCUCAUGGUGUGAAAUGCAGAUGGAUAGAUUCUUCCCUUCCAGAAAGUUCAGUUAUUGAGUUGUUAUGGGCAUGGGAAUCUCUUUCAGCUGCAACAUGUUGCAGAUCUUUCGUUGUUGUACAUGGUGGAAAUUGUCUACUUCAAAUUGGGGUUAGAGCAGAAUCUUCAACUGAAAAUGGUGGUGUAUUGACUGUCGAUGUAGCUAGGUUGACUCAGGGGUCACUUUAUCGAACUACUGUGGAAUCUGGAAAGCAAAGCUAUUUGGCUAACCUUUCUCUUUAUCCUGGAAGAACUGAACUACCCUUCUUACCAUCAAACACACAGGCAGUGAUCCUGCAACCAGUUGGAGAUAAAGGAAUAAUUGUAAUUGGAGGUGAUACUAUCCGGGGAUUCACUAAUCUUGAUCAGGCGUGGAUUUCAUCAAUUGCGGAAAAGUUGGAUGCUACAUUAUCAAAGUCUUGACGUAAAAUUCGAACUACAUCUUCUGCUUGUAAGAUUCUUUAAUUUGUUUAAACAUAAAUAAUGUUUAAAUUGUUCAUCUCAUACAUAUCCUAUGAAAUGCUGAGUCUAUUCCGAUGGUUCAUGGUUAUUUGACUUGAAAGAAUUUGUUCUUUUUUU